UUUUCAUUCAAUAGAUACAGAUAUAGAUAUAGAUACACACUUAUACAUCAAAUCAACCAAACCGAUCGAUAGAUAGAUAGACACAGCAACGAUGUGGCACGAAGCACGUCGGUCAGAACGGAAGGUCCAUGACAUGAUGGACGCUGCUCGGAAACGAGCACAACGGCGGGCUGUUUAUCUAGCAAAACGGCGUGGUGAUCCACAGCAAUCUAUACAAGUUUCUGGCUCUCGGUGCCGCGUUUAUCGUGACGAUGGCCUUUAUCAAGCGACCGAAGAUCAGCAAGGCUUGAUCCCAUGGAACGGGAAGCAGGACGUCAUGAUUGACAGAUUUGAUGGCCGAGCUCUUCUUGAUUUUAUUAGAGAUCCUGAUUCUAGACGCUUCCGUGUCGUCGAGAAAACAGAGGAAGAAGAAGAAUUAGAAGAGUUUGUUAGUUUUGAGCGUUACCGGGAUUUAAUUAAGCAUCGACGCAGAGGAUUUAGCGACGAGGAAGGUCUGCAGCAUGUUAACCAAGAGAUGGAGGCUAAAAGUGCUGCUUUACUUGGAUUAGACAGGUCUCAAAGUGUCCAAGCUCCAGUAGUUAAGGGUCCGUACUCACAAGUUGGAUUUUCAUACGAUGGGAAUGUGAAAGAUGAAAAUCAAAAUUCGGAUGAUGACGACGACGAUGAUGAAGAUGACGAGGAUGAAGAGGAUUUUAACAGUGAUGAUAGCAAUGAUGAAGGAAUGGAUAUAAUUGCUAAGGAAUUUGGUGUGAAGAGGUAUGGGUGGCUUGUAUACAUGGAUAAAAAGGCCAAAGAGGAGGAAAGGAGACAAAAAGAAGUGGUGAAGGGAGAUCCUGCAAUUAGGAAGCUGAGUCGCAAAGAAAGAAGAAAGGUUUCUCAAAUUGAAAGAGAGAGGGAGAGAGAAUCAGCACGUGUUUCUGGAAGACAAGUGCUUCAUCAUGAUCCAUACCGAGAGUCCAGACGAAGUCCUACGUACGAAGCUUAUUCACGUUCUAGGAGAUCCAGAUCACGCUCAUACUCUCCAUCACAAUCAAGGCGCCAUGGACGUGAUCAUUCUGAUGAUAAUCCCCGGAGUAAUCCAAGGGCUCCCAAAAUAGAAUACAUAACGGAAUUUGGAGGCUCAACAGAUGCGGAUGGACCCAAGCUUGCCGGAUAUACUCCUCCAUCAUCUCCUCCAUCCCAUGUUGGUGCAUUGAACCGGCCGUCAUCUGGUCACAUUCUUGAAGCCUUGCAUAUCGAUCCCGCAUCUGGUGUAUCUGUUGAUAGUGAAAGAAAUGCCAAAUUGUCAAAACCACCCGUGGGAUCUUCAUCAGGAUUAGCCAAGUUAAGUAAGCCUUCUGGUAGCGGAAUUCUUGCUAAACAGCAGGGAGAGAAAAAAGAAACACCCCAGGAGCGACUUAAGCGGAUUAUGAGCAAACAACUAAAUAAGCAGAUCAAAAAAGAUACUGCUGCUGAAAUGGCUAAGAAACGAGAACAAGAGCGACAGAGGCUUGAGAAACUUGCAGAAACCAGCAGACUAAGUAGACGCAGGCACCGAAGCCGAAGCAGGAGUUUCAGCCGCUCACCUCCAAGACGAUAUAGGCACAGUAGAAGUCCAAGCAGGGGCAAAAGUUCUAGAAGAUAUCGUUCACGCUCCCGGUCCCGUUCUGUAACUCCUCUCCGGUCUCAUUCUCGUUCCAUAUCUCGCUCUCGCUCCCCAAGGGUGAGAAGCCGCUCGAAGUACUAAUAAGGUAAAGAAGUCGCAGCAGGUUUGGAUGUUGUAUAAGUGAUGACAGGUGUUGAUCCUUUCCUUUUUGCCUAUUGUAUUUCAUGUCUAUUGCCCAAGCAGACUUAAUGUUGUUACGCUGGAUGUAUUUUAUUUGGAAUUGUUGCCACUAUUUCUAUAUAUAAAGUAGAAUCUGUGGUUUUAUCCGAGAUAGAUUCAUUGCCGGGCGAGAAUAUAUAGGCUAUGCUGGGAAGCAAAAUGUUGAAUGUACAAUCACGACAUAAUGUUGUCAUAUUCUGUUUUGCUCA